UCUCGAUAUAAAGAUGUAUUCUUAUUUUUAUUAACACAUUUGGCAUAGUCUGCCACUAUACAUUCUACUGUUUUUGAGGUAAGACUUAUAGCAAUGACUGACACUUCCUUUCGGAAUAUAGUGGCCCCCGACAGAGAACUCACAAAGACAUGGCACGUGCGCAGCAGAGUAGGGAACCAUCAGACCGUAAAGAGAGGAGGGUCCCGGCGUGUGCCUCGCAUGGGGAGGGGUCCUGCGCACAUUAAUAAAAUAAUGCGCAGGUACAUCUGCUGAGCAAUCUGCAAAGUCCUCCCACGUAGCCCCACUGACCAAAUCUUUGAACCCUCCCACAAGCAAUUCCAUAGGGAUCUUCUUUUCGUCUGAUUGGUUGGAGACGCAGCGACAAUGGGCGAGAACAAUAGCAUCAUUCCUCCUUAAAAAGAGUGCUGCUAUGCCUUGGAGACGAAAGCAUUUCAGGGAGAGAAACAUCACUAGCCACAAGAUACAUUCCGAUUGGACAUUCACGGCGUGUCUGUGCCUCCCGAAACCUGGAUUCGAUCAAAGUCUUCACCGCUGUUUUUAAAGUGCCUUCACCACUCAUCUGCCAACAUGCCCAAAGGUUUCCUUGUGAAAAGAAACAAGAAAGCGGCACAUGUUUCGUACAGGGUUCGCUCUGAAGAGGAUGCUCAGGAACACACUCCAGCUCCAGGCUGUCAAAUUAUUAACGACACAUCCCCAACUGUGUCCACCGCAUCCAGCCCGGAUCGCGUCGCAGCAUCACCAAUCCAGGCAGCAGACACGCCGGUGCCUGGGCAGGAGGCGAAACAUUUGCAAUUCGGCAACCCUGAGGCACUGUAUCAAGCCCUCUACAGCCCCACCCGACCCAUCAGCAAAGACCAUGAAAAGAGGUACUUCGACAGAAGUUUCAACCUCGGCUCACCUAUAUCCGCGGAAUCUUUUCCAACUUCAGCGUCUCUCACCGGCUUGGAUCACCUGCUGUUCGCCCCGGUUGACUUGAAAAUCGGCACCAGCAACAGUAACCGUGUUGGCAGUAACAGCGCCAUACCAAGCAGAACCAUCAGGAACACCACCAAAAGGCCUUCCUCCGACAAUGACCGGAAAAACAAAAACACAGCCAAAAAGCCCAAAGCGAUACGCAGACUUAAUUUUGAAGAUGAAAUGACUACGUCUCCUGUACUGGGUCUGAGAAUCAAAGAGGGGCCCAUAGACCCGAAGCCAAGAUCAGCAUCCACGGGAAGCAACAAGCCAUUGGGAGAGUUCAUCUGCCAGCUGUGUAAGGAAGAAUACUCGGACCCCUUUUCUUUAGCUCAACAUAAGUGCUCCAGAAUUGUGAGGGUUGAGUACAGAUGUCCUGAGUGUGAAAAGGUAUUCAGCUGUCCAGCAAAUCUCGCCUCGCACAGGCGCUGGCACAAACCAAGACCCCAGAGCGUACCCGGGAUGCCAGCAGCACAGGGCAUGAAAAUAGAUUCUGCCAAAGUAGUGACCGAUGUUAAACCUGCACCCGAGGACAUGAAGGUUGCGAGGAUCGAACUUGUGACAGACAGAGACACCCCCAGUCCAGGUCUGUCAGAAUCGGGCUCCGAAGAUGGAUUGUACGACUGUCAACACUGUGGGAAAAGAUUUAAACGCCAAGCGUACUUAAGAAAACAUAUUUUGGCACACCAAGCCUUGCAAAACCAGAUUCUGGAUGACCACGCAUUUCAAAAUACAGAGAGAGUGGAGGAGUCUGCCCAUGUGUCCUCUACUACAGAUGAAAGCCAAAGCUCCAGUCCCCUGAAUCUGAGCCCCGUUGACUGCCUUCUCUGCCCCGUAUGCGGGGAGAAUUUUCCCAACAGGGCCAGUCAGGACCGGCACCUGCGUCUCUUGCACUCAUCUCAAGUUUUCCCAUGCAAGUAUUGCCCUGCCACGUUCUACAGCUCGCCUGGACUCACAAGACACAUCAACAAAUGCCACCCCUCAGAAAAUCGUCAGGUGAUCCUUCUGCAAAUGCCAGUGCGCCCCGCCUGCUGAAUAGUUGUGUAUUAUACUGUAAACUGAUAAAAGCUUUUGAAUGAUACCCCCGGGGUUGUUUUCAGGCGGUCAUUCACAACAACAUUAUCAAGUGUAAAAGUUCAGUCUGAGGACACGGCACUCAAAGUGGCUUUCACGCAAACCAGCUCACCCAGCAGCUACGGAUCUACUUCUGAAAUUCUAUAUUUUCAGAAUCUUUGACAAGUUAGAACGUCAGAGGAAAAAUAUUAGUUUGUCUGUUAAACUGUUAUUUUUAGGACAAAUGCACUCGUGGUAAUGUCAUAGCUUAGACCUAAGAAAUGUUUUACUAGGUGUACCUCCUGUCAUGAAAGCCUUUCAAUUUACAUGCUGUAAAUUUCUUUAUCAUCGUAGCUUUAAUAGCCUGUGAAUCGCAGGUCAGAGAUUCGACUCUGCCUUUACAAAAAGGGUCUCGGAACAUUCCCUUGUUCUAGCUAACGGCCACCGAUGCCUUGUAGAGUUGUGAACACACGACAUGCGCUGUACAACUGCCUUAAAGAGCUCAACCUGAUGAUUGUUUUGAUUUUUAAUGUUGGCACAUUUUAAAAUAUUUAAGUGUAACUAUUGCAAUAUGUUUAAUCGUAAUAAUUUAAUUUAUUUAUUUAUUUAAUUAUUUUAUGAAAAUGAUUGUGUUGUGCGACUCUCUCUCUGUGUCCUCACAUGUUGUAGCCAAAUGGUUUUGUCAUUGUUAUGAAGUUAUCAAUGUUGUGAGUGGUUACUCAAUUUACAAUCUACAGCUCUUGUAAACGUAAAGCUCUUAUAGAUGCAAUCCUUUUUUUUUUGUAUAAACAGGUUAUUUUGGUAAAUGUUUGCUUUUAUAGCGCUUUGAUUGUAUGUUCAAACGGUCUUGUCUGUUUAGUCCUGAAAUAAAAUAUUUUCAAAGUGAAAUUUCCUGUGCUAGUUUGACAUUUACGCAUCUCUAACGCGUCUGUAACAAGCCACCAGGGGACAUUUUAGAUGCUGACAGGUAUAGGCCUACUGGUAAGUCUCAUUAAAGAGGAGGAAUAAACUACAGAACGACAUACACACAGUAAUGUCUGUACGAACAUGCUCAGCGAGGGGAUUUCACAGGAUCUCACUAGCAUGUCACCACCAUACCAUAACACAUUUAGAUGGUUCUAGUAUGAAAGACAAUUGUAUUGAUUUGACAGUAGUCAAGGCACACCAACUCAUUACUUUCCCUUCCAUUUAUUCACCCCGACCAGAAAAGGGGAGUCAUUUAUAAAUGUAUAGUGACACCAUGCAGUUAUGUGAUGGAGAAAGGCGGCUUCUCAAGUCCGAUCUCAAAACAUCCAUAGUAGCCUAGCCUAGCUGAAAAGUUAGGCUGAUGCCUCUUUCACAACUAAUAGGCCUACCUAAAUCUGCUGCAGUCCCACCCACUAAUUUAACUCACCGCUCCAUCUUGACUUUCUUCGAUAUCAGUAGUAACUCGGCGGAUGAAACGGAGGGUUAGCGUAGCUUAACGACUACUGUGAGUCUUGAGGAGUUAUACAUAAUAAUUGCACUUGGCAUUUGACUUCUCAACACAUGCAAAUUUCACAGUGAGCUGUAUUGUAGUCUAUCGGAAAUACGUUCGAACACUAUAACAGACAAUGUAGUAGAGCUAUGUGAAUGAUUCCUCUGAGGAAAACAUUUAAAUGAAGAAAACAGUGACAGUACUCGAAAUGUACUUUCUGAAAUAAAAGCUGUUAGAGGUAAUUCAUCUGCAAAUUAUCUACAUUCUACAAUAUCAAGCGUGGGGAUUUGGUAAGUGGUUUGAGCAGCCAUAACAUUAAAAGCAACUCAAGCACUUCAGAGCCACCAAUAACAAAGAUGGGAUGGCAGUAUUAACUAAACUUAAACAUGGAAUCGGGAGAUGUAAUUAAACAUUACUUUAUUUUUUAAACUAGAUCCAGUACCCAAAAGAGAAUCCUGUAUUGGCCAGUUCUUCUUUUUAAAUUAAUUAAAAAAUACAAAUCUGAACAAUUUCAUUCAAUAGUCUAAACUCAACUCAAAUAAUGAUUCUGCUCUUAAAGGUUUAAUCAUAAUGUAUUCUAUGAGAAGCCCUCCACAA